AUGGAAUAAGCUACUUCAAACCUAGAUUAUGGAUUUGAUCAUGUAAUUAUAUAUAUAAUGACUUUAGGAAAAAGGAUCCAAGGAUUGUGGUUGCAAGGGAUUACAGUUACUCAUGCACAAAGUUAUAAUAUAAGGAACUUGUUUUAAUUUUAAUGAGAUGUUCAGUAGAGCAGGUAACUACAUGAUUGACAAAUAUUAUAAGGGUAAUUACUUAUUUAUAAAGUAUAGAUUACACUAAAGAGGCUACAGAGGUUGGAUUUCAUUUGACAUUUUCAUUUGAUAAGUAAUAUGCCAACGAAGAGCCUAAGAUUCCAAAGAAUGCAACUGAAGCUGAAAAAGCUGAAAUUUAAGAGCUUAAAUUAUAGAUAAGAGCAGAAAAUCAGAAAUUAUUUGAGAAGGUCAUUAAGGAUUUCUCAUAAAUAAGAAGAAACUUCUAUGCAGCUGUAUUUGAGUAGGCAUUUGAUCAAAUCAAUAAAGGAGAAACUGCUCCUAAGUUUAAAUAUCAAAGUAGAGAGAAUGAAGUUGUUUAUGCUAUUCCUGAUAAAGAUGCUUUGAAAAUUGCUUAUGAAAUAUCAUUUUCUGAUAAUGUAGAUAGAACAUUAGCUAAUCUUAUAAUUACAGAGAUAAUUGAUGCUAAGAAAAAUUCAAUUUUAUAUACAAAUAUUUAUUCUAUUUUAGUUGUAAUUAAUAUUAUGAUUUUGAUUAAUAUUCAAAAAGAGUUUUAAAUAAUAUCCCUGAUGUAAUAAACAUGGUUGAUAAUAUUAACUACAAAUUGA